GCCGUGUGAACCACUCGAAGUCACGGUCGGAGAGAAAGCGUUUUGGCAGUCCGUCCUGAACGAGCGCAGCCGUCCGUCGGGAGGGUCUCGGUGUCUUUUUGUCCAUCUCAGCCCGGCCGGACCGAUCAUAUCUCCCGUCUGCUCCACCGUGCGCCCGUUUGCGACGUUUCCUCCCCCAGAGGAACAUGGAGACUGGACAGCCCCCAAGCUAACCAGCUAACCUAGCUCACCCGCCAGCCAGCCGCUGAACGACGCCGGAGUGGGAGAUGUGUUAGCUGGCUGGGUGGGUGGCCAACUCCAGCUAACUCCAUUAUUUGUUUUUGUAGAUUUCCGACCGACUGCGAUCUGUUAGUAUCAAAAACAACAUGCGCUGUACAUCGGUGUUGUUGUGAGCGUAUAUACGCUGCCUAGCAGCGGGAACUACGCUGACCAAGCCAGGGCGCUCGUUACUCUCUUGAAGUGUGAUUAAGCUACUCGGAUAAAAACGCCAACUUUAGCGUUUUAAACUGUCGCUUGAGACGCUGGCCUAACCUGCCGAAAGCAGAGCAGGUUUGACGCGCCCCCGGUCCUGUGCUGGCUCCCCCGGGCUCUGCGGCACAACAGCAAGUUUCCUGUCGCUGCCGGAGAGCUCCGGUCGGUCGGUCGGCCGAGUCGAGCUGUUGGCACCAUGCAGACGUUUCUGAAAGGCCGGCGUGUGGGCUACUGGCUCAGCGAGAAGAAGAUGAAGAAGCUCAAUUUCCUGGCCUUCGCUGACCUGUGCAGGAAAAGAGGGAUCGACGUGGUUCAGCUGGACCUGAGCCAGGCCCUGGAGGAGCAGGGCCCACUGGACGUCAUCAUCCACAAACUGACGGACCUGAUCCUGGAGGCGGACCAGAACGACAGCCAGGCCCAGCUGCUGGUGCAGGGCGUACAGGACUACAUAGAUGCGCACCCGGAGACCAUCGUGCUGGAUCCUCUCCCAGCCAUCAGAACGCUGCUGGACCGAUGCAAGUCCUAUCAGCUUGUCCACCGAAUAGAGAGCUGCAUGCAAGAUGAGAGGAUCUGCUCUCCCCCAUUCAUGGUGCUGAACAGUGAGUGUGGGCCAGACACACUGGAACAGAUCGCCCAGCAUGGUCUUACAUUCCCCUUCAUUUGUAAAACGCGGGUGGCACACGGAACCAACUCCCAUGAGAUGGCGAUCAUCUUUAGUGCCGAGGACCUGAAGGGCGUCAAGCCCCCGUGUGUGAUCCAGAGCUUCAUAAACCACAACGCUGUGCUCUACAAGGUGUUUGUGGUGGGCGAGUCCUACACCGUGGUGGAGAGACCGUCCCUCAAGAACUUCCCGUCAGGCCCAGCCGAGAGAAAAGCUAUUUUCUUCAACAGCCAUAAUGUGUCCAAGCCAGAAUCAUCGUCAGACCUUACCUCUCGAGAUAACGUAGAGGGCGUUUCCCAGCCACCUAGUGAUGACGUCAUCAGGAAGCUGUGUAGAUCUCUGCGUCAGGCUUUGGGGGUUUCACUCUUCGGCAUCGACAUCAUCAUCAACAACCAGACGGGCCAACAUGCGGUGAUCGACAUCAAUGCAUUCCCUGGGUACGAGGGUGUUCCAGAGUUCUUCACUGACCUCCUCAACCACAUCACCAGUGUCCUCCAAGGCCAGUCAUCAACCGACUGCCCCGCCCUGCCGUCGGCUCCGCUCGCCUCCGGACAGCUAACGGCCCCGGGCUCGGGGGAGCGGAGCUGCACGCCUUCCCAGGAAUGCUGCAGCGUGCGGGGGAAGGAGUGCGACAGUAGCAGCCCCUGGAUCGUGGAGGGUGAGGGAGGUCUAAAGGGCCCGUGCCAGAGACUGGGGUGCAACCCAGCCAUCUCCCCCAACUUCCAGCAGCACUGCGUGGCUUCCAUAGCUACCAAGGCCUCCUCUCAGUGACGGGCCACACCUCAGCCACACCUUCUCCCAGCCUGCCCAAAAACAAAUAGUGAGAAAUAGUGAGAAUGCCAUGAAUAAUAAUAAUAAUAAUAAUAAUAAUAACAAACAACAACAACAAAUAUUCAUAAUAUGUCUGUAAUCAGAAGUGAAUCUUUUACAAUAUUUGUUAUGAUGGUGAUGGAUUCCUUAUUCCUUUCCAUAUUUUUUUCUGUUUGUCUAAUAACUCACAGUACUGUAAUGUGGACUAUUGAGAAUUCAGCAUUGAUCAACUGAUAUGUGGUAAUGUUUCAUGCUCGUCUUCUUUCAUUAGUGUUUUAUUUUGAAUCACUGUGGAGAACACGGUGAUGAGUUAACACACUAGCCCUAACGGCGUUGCUGGCAUUCGAGUGAAGGAAAUGGCUUCCAAAGCUUUCCAUGCAUGUUGUGGGUUUUUUGUUGUUGUUUUGUUUGUUUGUUUGUUUUUUUUUGUGAGAAGGGACUUUAUGCAUUCACCUGCCAGUGGUCAUAUAUACACACACAUCCACCCUAUAUGUCAUCCCUAGAACUGAAAAGAUAAUGGCUAUUGCUCCAAGGUAAGUGUCAAUUCUGCGUAUGUGAUGGUCUAAGAGAUGUCACUGUGCAAGUCUGCCAGCUUGAAACUAAGAGCAAAACUUGAUUCAGUUAUUGUUGAUAGUGUAAUAUUUAUACUUUCAUAAGACUUCAGUAAAACAUUAUGGCACUUGAUGUUCUUUGCAUGCAUUUCCUUAUUUUGUGUCGUGAUGUGGUUGGUGAGGAUGCAAAAGUAAAUUCCAGGUAAAUUUGCCAUGUCAAGUGUCAUUUAAUGUUUUUGAUGGUGUUAUGAAAGGAGACAGAUUUACAACAAAAGACAAAACAGCAAUUUGUUCGCGCGCCUGCGUGUGUUUUCACUAGAAAUUGUUGCAUUCCUUGAAUUAGUGUUUUAGGUAUGAUUUGAUGAAAUUGGAGAGUUUUGAAUUGUAAAUUUCUGUGAAACGGCAUACUAAUCGCACUCUUGAUAAUUAAGAAAGAAUAAUUGUUAUAUUAUGACUAUAUAUGGAGUCAUUGUAUUAGUUUUAAAUUGCACAGGAAGAAGAAAUUUUUUGAAAAAUCUCACUUGAAGGCAGACGUUAAAUGCCUGUAACUUAACCAUUCCUGUUUUGGUUGGCGAGAAUUAAUUUUAAUUUUAUUCACAUUUCUUACAAUUCUGAAAAAGUUGGAAGUAUCUCACUAUAACUAAGAAAGCCGAAUGAUUUGAAGUGUCGUUUUUUGAUUAUUGGAAAGAGAGUUUGCAUUCCAAAGGGCAACUCCUUUAUCAGCACUAAAUCAAGCAUUUUUGAUGAGCAGACACUAUGUUGAAGUCUCAGGAGUGUGGGAGUACGUUUCUGAAACAAUUCCUCACGUCUGUUGAAAAUGUUUCUUUUCCUAGUUUACCUGAAUCAAGGGCAUUUCUUUUGUAUUCAUUGCAGUUUGAGAAAUCACAUGGAUGUGCAGAAUGUGCCAUGUUUGGCUGAGAUCUUUGUUUUGAACAUUUAGAUCAUGUACUCAUUUUUUGUUUAUUUGGUUGAUUCUUACAUGUUUUUUAGUUACUAUCUUAGUACAUAUUGCAAUAUUGGUGUUGUGUAGCCAAGAUGAAAUAUGUCUAAAACCAGUUUAAUUUCUCCAUGUUUUUGGAUUAUAAAAAUAACAAAAUAUAGUGAAAUUCUAAAUUUAUUUUGAAUUAUGUUCACUUUAACAAAAGUAAGGUUCUCGGUUUAGUAUGUAAACUCAGUGUGGACAUUUAGGUAUGUAUCCAUUGUUGUUCAUGUUAUUUUUAUGAUGCGCAGUUUGAUCUGUGAAAGAGAUUAAACUGGAGCAGGCAACAGUGUUUUUGUUAAAUUAGACAGUUUCUACAGUAAAAGGUUUUUCUUGUCUGCAGAUGCCGCUGAAACUAAUGGCAAUGUUGAUUGUGCGCAGUUUUCACUCACUUCCCUUCUCACCUGCAGACCUUGUUUGGGCCGUAGAGACGUGGAUGUAAUGCUGUGGCUUCUGAGCUUUGUGUUUGAGAGGAACUGUGGUAUUUCCACAGAGAGCAGUUUGGAAGGAAUAAAGAUUCCCUGUGUUCUUUUCUCCCUACCAGUAGGGGGUCCACUUUCAAAAGCAAAACAUCUUUUCAAUUCAGCAAGUGUAUACCAAAAACGUACAUGCACCUUUGCACAAAAACAAUUUUAAAAAAUCAGCCUCCAUCGUUAUUUACUGGAUUAUUUCCCCCUUCUGUUUUGGUGGAACACAUCCAACUUUAAUCAGUCUGCAAAUCUAAAGAGAAUUGAGCUUAAACCAUUUGAGCGUGCAUAGACACGUAAUGAGUGCAGUUUCCCCUAAAAAAAAAAGUUUAAAACAAUUAGAACAGGUCUUGCGUCACAGACACGUCUUGUCGCAUGACCCGCACAACGCUUGUUUCUCAGCCGCGUGCGGUGGUGAGGGAAUGCCAGCCUUGUACACGGCUGCUGUAUCUAUUGUGCUGUUGCCUAUAUUGUGCAUUGAAAUGGAAAAAAAAAAUCCAACUCAUUAAUGUUCUCUUGACAUCCACUUGAAUGUGUACUUAGAAAUGUUAACUAUAAAGUAGACUUUGCCCAGCCAUCGUGCACCUGCAUAUAUUCAUACCAAACACACAAUAUAACAUGUUUUGUAAGUUGCAAAUCAAUCAGAUCUACACUCUGUGAUUUCUUUUAGAUAAAACAUUUUUCUUUACUUAAA